AUGACUGACGACUACCGCACCGAGCGAGCGGGCUCCUUCGCCUCAUCUUCCACCGACGCCGCGACUCUCCACGAGCUCACCAAGUUGGAUCCGAUGGAGGACAGCGUCCACAACCUCAAGUCGCAAGACGAGGAGAAUCUGGGAACCCAGGAGGACGAGAAGCUCCUGCCCAAGACGAAUGAGAAGGAGGAAACCCAGAAGUCCGGCUUGACUUCGGCCAUCGUCUGGAUGACCGUCAACACCUUGGCGACGAUCGGAAUCGUUUUCACCAACAAGGCCAUCUUCUCCGACCCUCAGUGGAAGCUGUGCCAGCUCACCUUUGCGAGUUUCCACUUCUUGGUCACCUUCGGCACGCUGUUCGUCCUCUCUCGGCCUACCUUCGCUUACUUCACUCCGCGCCGCGCCGCCAUCCGGGACUUGCUGCCGCUUUCCGUGGCCAUGUGCCUCAACGUUAUCUUACCGAACCUCUCCCUGGCCUUCUCUUCCGUGACUUUUUACCAGAUUGCCCGGAUCCUGCUGACGCCGACCGUCGCGCUCAUGAACUUUGUGCUCUACAAGGCGACACUGCCCAGGAAUGCGAUUUUUGCGCUUAUCCCGGCCUGCCUUGGAGUCGGUAUGGUCUCUUACUACGACUCUCUGCCUACCAAGGAUGACAAGGUCAAGACGACUUCUACUCUGGGUGUUAUCUUUGCCUUUUCUGGCAUCUUCGCUUCGUCUCUUUACACCAUCUGGAUCGCUAGCUACCACCGCAAGCUCCAGAUGUCCAGCAUGCAGCUGCUGUACAACCAGGCCCCCAUCGCCUCUUUCAUGCUCCUCUACGUCAUUCCCUUUGUCGACACUUUCCCCGACUGGGUCAAUGUUCCUGGCAACCGCUGGAUCAUGAUUGGCAUGUCUGGUGCCUUUGCCUCGCUCAUCAACAUUUCCCAAUUCUUCAUCAUCGCCCAGACCGGCCCUGUGUCCAGCACCGUCGUUGGCCACCUCAAGACUUGCACCAUUGUUGCUCUUGGCUGGAUGGUUUCGGGCAGAGCCAUUGGCGACAAGUCGGUUCUUGGUGUCUUUGUCGCCAUUGGCGGCAUCGUUGCGUACGUUAUUAAUUGA